AUGGCUACAGUGCUAAUAUGCCGAAGAUUGCCAAGGCUGAGCAGGGUGACAGCAUUUUCGACCACAGCCAAGCACAAGGCCGAGCAUGGGAGCAGCAAAAGUAAGGAAAAAAAGGAAGAGAACCCAGGAGCAGCCAACACCGGGAAAUCUGUGGCUCCAAUCCAGGUGCUGAACCCUCUGGACUACAGAGUGUCGUAUAAUCCAUCUGCCUAUGCCAAAGGCAGAGCUGGCUCCCAGCAGCACAUGGGUAGGGACCGCAGCCAGGCCCUCGGUGGCACGGUCACCAGCCCUGGCACUGCACAGGCUCCACAGACUUUCCGUCCUGCCCCUUCCCGAGCGCUGCCACCCGCCAGAGGUGCCCUGCGCACGCCCAGGUCCAACACGCUCCUCGAGCAGACCAUCCUGGAGAUGCUGUCCAAGGAGGAGGCAGAAAAGGACAAACAGGAGAUGCACGACUCCAAGGAGGAUCCCCGCGUGUUUCAGAAGGGGAGACCUGAGUACAGAGCACUCACCUGUGACAGCUGUGAGCCAGGCCCAACCCUCCCUGCAGAGGAGGGUGACUCCAUUCUCCACAGCGUGGCUCUGUGCGAGGACAGCCCAGGAACCAUCACAGAUUUCUUCCGCAGGCUGAGCCGUUUGCCCGCGGAGCACCGCGCAGCGCUGGUGUCCAAACCCACGUUCAGUGCACUGUGUCACUGUGCUGGCAGAGCCAUCAGGCUCUUCAGCACCCCAGAUCUCAUCAAUGUGUUAAAGGCUUGUGUCCACUUGGCUGUCCCUCCCAGCCACCCCCUGCUCGACGCGUGCGACGUUGAGUUCUGCCGCAGGGUGUGGGAUAUGAACCUGGAGCAGCUGCUGCUGGUGGCGGAUUGCUGGCGCUGCCUGGAGCGGAAUGUGCCUUCCUACCUCAGCAUUUUGUUCAGCUAUGCCAACCUGCACUGGAAAGAGCUCACCUUGCCCCAGUUUGUUCAGCUCCUUUACAUCAUCGGGGAAGGACGGAGGUCGCCUGUGGACUUGAUGCAGAAGGUGGAGAGCAUGAUUUUGAAGGACUUGGAUUCCUUCACCUUGGAGGAACUCGGUGCCAUCUGCUUAGGGCUCUUCAAGUCCCUCAGUGAGAUCUCUAACCACGUCAUGAGGAGAAUUGCAGACAGGGUCUCCCUGCAGAUGGAAGACAUGAGCACUUAUGCAUUGGUGAACGUGCUCAAAAUGCUCCGCUACGCUCGCAUGGACCACUUACCCCUCCUGAAGGAACUUGGGAAGGUGAUUCCCCCUCGGAUUCCUACAAUAAACAUCCAGGGCAUCAUGCACAUCACUCUUACCUAUUCCUCCCUGCACUACUUUGAUGAGGGUGUUUUGGCUGCUGUAGCCAUGGCAUUGCCUUCCAAGGUCACUUACUGCCGGAGCAAAGAUGCUGCCAAGUUCCUGUGGUCGUUUGGAUGCCUGGACUAUGAACCUCCCAACGAGGAAGAGUUUUACUGCAGCCUGAUAAAGCAGAUACAUAUAAAACUCCAUGAAUAUAGGAAGUUUCCAGAGCAUCUCCUUACUGCUUUGCUUGGCUUGGCGUUUGUCAGACGCUUCCCAGAGGAGCUGAUAGACUAUGCUCUGACGGAGGAGUUUGUCCAGAAGACAAGAGGUAGUAAAUAUGAGCUCAACAAGGACCUGUUCACCCUUAGUAGGAGUGUUGAGAUCGAGUGCCCAAACUACCAAGGCAGCCGCCUUCCUCCUCAGCUUCAUCAAGAGUUUACUGAGAUGGCUUUGAACUUUGCAGAGCAAGAAAUCUAUGUCAGGCCUGAAAUCGUGGAAGCCACAUCUCUCCUCGAGAGCAUGUUGGGAGGCCCCCAGUACUUGAAGAGCCACAUGAUCCUGCCGCACACGAGGUCAAGCGACCUGGAGGUGCACUUGGCCAUGGAUGGACGUCCCAUCCCUUUCAACUUCAAGGAGCCUGUGGCAGCUAAGAAGCUAAAGGGCAUUGAAGUGAGUCUAACAGAUGACUUAAUGUCUCAGCUUAUAAAAGGGAGAGCUUACAGCCAGUCUCCUGUGGAAGUGGAAAAUAAAGCCAGGACUGCCGCACAGGAGAGAGGGAACAACGCAGGAGCACCAUGCUCAGGUGGAGCUCUUCCUCCAGAUGCCAAAUCACAUGUUGAGCCUAAUCAGAGGCUCUGCCUUGAAGCCCCUCCAUCCUUUCCACUGGCUCAGCAGCCUCGGGAGGUGAAACUGGCUAUCCAGGUGUCCAACAGAAACCACUACUGCCACAGCUCCAAGCGGCUCCUGGGGCUGCACUGCCUGAAGCGGCGGCAGCUGCGGCAGCUGGGCUACGUGGUGGUGGAGCUUCCCUUCUGGGAAUGGUUUCCUCUGCUCAAGCGCACGCGCUCGGAGAAGCUGAGCUACCUCCAUUACAAAGUGUUCGACCCAGCACUGCUCAGCAGGGACGGUUAG